UGUAAAUUCCUGACUUCCUGUUCAGUGACAUAAACAUGGCGGCUCCCAUGGAACUCAGUUGUUGGGGAGGCGAUUGGGGCUUACCAUCUGUGCACACAGAUUCCCUCGUUGUGCUGGCUUACGCAAAAUUUUCAGGGGCAAAGCUAACAAUUGAGCCAGUUGACUGGACAUGGAAGACAUUGACAGGAACGGUGCCAUCCCUGCACUGUGAAGGAAUCAUGGUGACAGAACCAGUGCAAAUUCUCAACUUCUUAAGAAAAGGGAGACACAAUGCUGACUACGAGCUCACAGCCAAACAGGGGGCAGACACAAUGGCAUAUAUUGCGUUGCUUCAGGAGAAACUACAGCCGGCGUUGCUGCACACGUUCUGGGUGGACGCGGAGAACUACGCCAACCUGACCCGGCCGUGGUUCGCCUCCCGCUCCCCGUUCCCGCUCAAUUUCUUCCUCCCGAGCCGGCUGGCCAGCGCGGCCCUGUCCCGCAUCCUCCUGACCAAAGGGGAGUCCCCGCUGCAUAGCAUCACGGACGUGGAGGCCAAGAUUUACAGCGAAGCUAAAGAGUGCCUGAAUCUGCUGUCAUACAGACUAGGAUCAUCUCAGUAUUUCUUCGGAAGCACGCCGGCUAGCCUGGAUGCCUUCGUGUUUGGCUACAUCGCCCCCCUCCAUAAGGCCAUCCUCCCCAGCGGUCAGCUCCAGCAGCACCUGAAGCAGCUGUCCAACCUGUGCCAGUUCUGUGACGCCGUCCUCAACAACUAUUUCGGUGAUGGCGCCCCCGGUUCACCCACAGCCAGCCAGGACUCGGUAGACGCAAACCUCCAGAAACUGACACAGCUUGUUAACAAAGAGUCCAACCUUAUCGAAAAGAUGGAUGACAAUCUGCGCAGCAGCCCCCGCAAGGCGGACCCCAAGCCCUCCGCCCCUUCCAGAGAGAGGAACUCCACACCAGCAUGACCCCACCCCCCAGCAAAUCCUCCUCACAAGGGUCUUUCAGGAAGUAAACAUCUGCACUACGUCAUAAUCUGCUGCCCCGCCCAUUCUCCCUGUUGCCCCGCCCAUUAUACCUGCUGCCCCUCCCAUUCUACCUGCCCUAUGAGGGUUGCAUGGUUGCGGGUUCAGCUCUCAGUUGGGACACUGCUGCACAAGCCUUGAGUGAGGUGCUUUACCUGACUCAGGUAAAUAUGUUCUGAACAAGACCAUGCCACUUACGUAGGUGUCUGUCUAACGAAUGAUGUGUGUUCAGCUCGCUAGAGAGCGGUUUGCAGUGCAGUCUGGGACGCAUGAAAGGACACACCUAUGUACAGGGAGAAGGGCUUAUAUUAUGACCAUUUCACAUAAAACCCCCAAUGUCUGUCCUAUUAUUUUCCGUAGACUUUCCUCUUGGGAUUUUGAGAUUUCUAUUAUGAUGAGAACAUGGCCUUAUUGUAAUGUUCUUGUUGAGUGUUGAUCCUGAACAGCCAAGUUCAGCUGCCAGAUCAUGUAAGUUUCGUGAAAAACUCAAAAAAUGAAAUAUUAUUACCUUCUCAGUAUGUUUCAAGCACGGCAAAAGGGAGUGUUUUAAGCAGGGAUGUAUUUUAUUAUUGUCUUCUAUCUUUUGGAAUAGAAGAAGGUGUUCUUUAAGAUGCUUGGUCUGAUGGUUGCAUGCUGUGGCUUGGAGCAGAAUGUGAAAGGAUUGCGUCAAAAUGAGGAAUGUUACUGACGUUGAGCGGCAAGUUGCUAGCUGAACUUCAGAAUGACCAUUGACCAGACAUUCAUUUCAACAAUAAUACAAGACAAGAUCUUAUACUAAGAACUGAAAUAGCAUGCACUAGGGACUGUGAUUCUUGAGAAAUAAUCAGGAACACCGGUGCCAUCUGGAUUUAAUUACAGGAAAAAUGCUUUGCUUUUCUACACGCUCGUAAAUGGGUAUCGUAAAAAGCAGUUGAAAUCGCAAAAUGGCCGCCCAGGUUCAUUGGUGGUUGGAGGUGAAAAUGUUUUAACUGGAAAUGUUAUAUUUAUAAUUGGAUGACGUAUGACUGCAAGCACUUUAAAAGAUUUUUUUUUGUUGCAUGUGACAGUAAUACUGAUUGUGCAGAACCGAUCUGUGCAUGUUACUGAGCACUGUAUGAAGACACCAGGAACCAUAACCCUUUCUCUUGAACCAAGACUUAAAAAUCAAAGAGCUGCUAUUAUUUCAGGUAUAUGCAGCAAUACACUUGUGGAGCAACUGUUAGUUCUGGGUUACUGUUUAGUAGUUGGGCUAAAAUCAUCAGAACUGUCCUGCAUUGCAUUCACAUCAGCCACGCAUCACCAGGUUUGAUAGCGGUGACAGGAAAAUUAUGUUUAACAACUCGAAAGGAUAAUAUUGUCAGUCAAGCUACAGAGCACAUAUAUGUAUAUGAACAUGUAAACUGUACAAUUCUGCUGGUCUACUGAAGCAGUGGUCUGUGAAGCAGGUUUGUGGUUGAGCUGUGGGUGAAAGAUACAGGAUUUUUUACUGACAGGUUCUAUGGGGAAUAUUUUGAAAGUCUUGAAUGAUGGAGAGAGGUUCUACAAUGAAAAAUGUAAGUUUUGUUUUAUCGGGAUAGACAAACACACACUUAUAUAUAGAGCCUGCUUAUAUAUAGUUAUUUGUAGAAUCUUCUGUAUUAGUGCUUUUUAUGUUUUCACUUUCUUGGGAUUGCUUUGCAGGAAGUGUUCAUUAUAUUUUGCAUAGGCCAGCACAAAAGUGGGCUUGAUAAUAUAUAUGCCUCUGUUCUUUGCACGGCCUUUGAAUAGUCAUAAAUUUGUUUGAUAGGACAGAAUAUGUACCCUAUUCAUUUAUGCUUUUUGUGUCAGUGAUGAUGUUUUUGCAGUUAUUGAGAAUGGACUUUAAUGAAUGAAGGCAUAUCGUAAUCUUAUUGGUUGCCACUCUUACUGGUACAGGAGGUGAGAUUUCCUUCAUCCUGUCCAUAAUCUGUAGUAAUACAGGAAGCUGCUUGUUUGUUAGAACCAAUAUGGCUGGCCUAGGGAAAAUGUACAAUGUGCAGCAUAAAAGAAUCAUGAAUGUUGCGAUAUAUUAAUUUGGAAGCCAUACUUUUAAAAUGAUUUUACCAAAUUAUGUAGGCUAUUCCUUUGAGACAGGCUUUCCAGACUUUCCACUGACUUUCCAGAAUUGUAUAACUUGGUGUGCGGUGAAAUAGCUGUUCAGUUCGGCUAUAGUUACAUACCUUUUGAUUAUUCACUGUGUGUUUGUAUAUUACAGUACAGGAUUGAAUCACGGUUGAGGGAAACCAGGCUGUGCUAUCAGCUUGUUAGUAGAUUUGUGUGGAGAAAAUAGGGAUUCUUAGCUUCCUUCUUAUAUUUGCUUGGCAAAAUGUUACUGUUGUGCAUUCUGACAUGACUUCUAGAACUCACUGAUCACUGCUUUCCUAUACCUGAUUUUGUUUGCCAAAUUAAAUCAUAAGACCUUGAUUACAUUAUACAGCAGAGAAAUCAGCAUUAUGAUAUAGAAUUACUGAAAAGAAAUCUCACGAUCACCUCCCCUAAACAGGUGUAUUAUCAUUAUCAAUGUACUUCAACCAAAUGUUACUUAGGCCUCUACAAAAUAGUCAUCAUUUCCACACAGUAACAUGUCCAGUUUUAAUGCAACACUAACAGUUUAGUACAACUUUUAACAGAUAACAUUUGGUCUCACUCUGGAAUGUGGGACCAAAUGUGAUCUGUAUCUUAAGAGUUAAUUGAACACUGUUAGAUUUGAAUUAACACCGGACAUUUUACUGUGCAUAAGUGGCGCAGUGAGCAGUAGAUGAAAGUGUCUUUUCGGGGUGUUUAUUAAUGGUUAUGACAGAUUAAUUAGGUGUCAUCCAUUUUGUUCCAUGCCAGCCACACCUGCUACCGACUGCUCUGCAUCCCUUGAAUGUAAACUGACAGUGAUGCUCUUAAUUUCUCCCAUAAUGCAUUUGGAUCGCAUAGCUCUCAAGCACUACUGGAGGAACAAAGCCAGUUCACACAUUAAGAUCUGCGCUGAGAACUGGAUGUUACACUGUUUGGAUUGAAUACGUUUUGUGUCCAGAAUUACCAGCAGGACUGACUCUGACAUGGAAUACAUGGAUUUUGAUUCUGAGGAUUUCUUUCCUUGCGAAGUACGAACUUGUUUUGUGUAAAAAAAAACCUAGUUCUUGAAAUGUAACAUUAUUGGAGUGACAGUAUACGUUAUUGGUUAUGUUUUGAUUAUUCCUAAAAGUUCCUGGCACUCAUUUCUAUUAAGUUCCAUUCCGAAUAAUCUGGCUUGAAAUUUAUUUUCGAACUGCGCACAAUCCUUUUGGGCUACGAAUGUCAGAUUUUGUUUUUCAGCUUAUAAAAAUAGCUCUGUUCAUGUGAUAAAAUGAGUUGUUCUGUUGGUGUUGGAAUUCAAAACUGUGUCUUUGAAUCCCCACCCUACACUGGAAGCACCACCAGUACUUACUACUUUAUUUUUAUUUUUUGGAAGAAUGGUGACUUCACCCACAGACAGAAAUGUACACAAAAACACCUCAUUAAUGCAUUCCACUUAAACAGCGAGAUGAUUAAACCCAAGGGAUUAUGGUACAACGUGUGUGUGUGUGCGCGCACGUGUGUGUGUGUGUGUGUGUGCGCUUCAGUUUUCAUUCUUUAAAUAACAAUUGUUGGUAAAUGCAAGUUUCCAUAGAACAGGUGCUCUAUUGUCAUGAAUACAUUUCUCAGUAUCUCAAUAAAUGUAAAUACUCUGUAGAAAUGUAGAAAAUGUGAGAUGUAAGAAAAUGUAAAAUAUAAAUUUGCCUCAUUUACAGAAGGGAUCAUUGACACACAUGCAGAGAUAAAUUCCAUGACCUGAGUUUGCAUGUGAAUAUUCCAAAUGAUGUUAAUAAAGCUUGUAAAAGCCACUCACAGGCCGUACAGUUCUCAGAAGUGGUACUGUGUGCCUUGUCUGUUUACAGUUGUAGAGAUACGAUUCCUUUAACUCUCAUACCCUCUGCAAAAAAAAGGUGUUAUUUUCCUAAAUGAUAUUACAGCAGUGUAUUGUGUACUGCUAGCAGUUUUAUAAAUGAGAAGCUAUGAAAGCAGCUAUUAUUAUUAUUAUUAUUGUUAUUAUUAUUAUAAAGGCUAUCGGAUGAAUAUUACAUGUUUUGUGUGAUUAGCUAAAUAAAGAGCAGUACAUUAUAACACAAUUCCAGUUUGUUCAUGUAGUACAGUGUGUUUUUCAGCUGUGUUAUGCUGUCUGGGAAAAGGGUUAGUGCUUUGUCCAGAACAGAAGGUGACAUUUUUUGGACAUUAAAGCAGUUGACUGCAAGUUCAUUCUACAAUGGAAGGACUCCUUUCUUAUUGGUAAUUGCGCGUCAGCCAUCUCUUGUAUGUCUGGCAACAAAGUUUAACAGAAAAUAUUUCCUUUAAUUCUGUAGAUAUACACAAUUGUGUUCAUAACGAUAUGAAAUAUUGUAUUUUCCAGUGACAUUAAUUGCUUAGAAUGAGUCAGAUAUAAUUUGAUGAGGGUAAUGUAUUAUCAAUGAUUCCCUUUAGCUAGAAUGCUAUUAGGAUUGAUGGAUAGCAGUGAUAUAAUUGGCUAUUAUUUAUUUAAAUCGCAUAUUCAUCAUCCUGUGUUUAAGGAUCUCCAGUAAUGUGGAUUUCCUUUUUCUGGUUAUACUCUAGUACUUUCUGUAAUAGUACAGUCUGCAAACUUCUAGACUGUUCAUGCUUUAUCUUGGAGUGUGAUUGAAUAGAUUUGGCUGUCAGAUACAAAACACACCAAAAAUGAUUUUUUGAUAAAUUGUUGGUCAUUACAAGAUGAAAUAUCUUGGACUAAGAAUGUUUAAGGAUUUUUAAACAAGUUCUUAUAACAUGGAAAUCUGAGAUCGCAUUUUGCCCAAUUUCAACAUAUUUUCUUGUUUAUUGUGAAUUGUCAAAUAUUUUCUUUUCUCUAUAUAAAAAUCGUAUGCUGUUUUGUUUUGUCAUAUAACAUGAAGAUACAGACAUCUUAUAAAGAGACAUCUCAAAUAGUUUGUAAUUCCAAAAUGUGUGCCACCUUUGGAGUUUGCGUUGCUGUGUGUUUUUGCCUUUGUGUUGUAUAUUAGAUUCAUUUUAAUGUAGUUUUCUUUUCUUUUUUUUUGUAGUUUUCCAAGGGCUGUGUGUAUAUAGUGCAUGUUUUUUGCUGCCUUGUAUAGCUGUACAGGGUACCUUAAAACAUAUUUUAUCACUUUGUGUUCAGUGUCCUUAAUGUUACGCCAUGCCUUUUAUGUAUGUUAUGUAUGUCUGGGGAGGGAAAUUUUCAUUUUACCUAAACAUCUAACUAGUCUAAAAUUUAGGCACAAUUAACUAUAUACAGUAUUCUGCAUUAUGGAGUAGAUAUGACCUGAAUAUAUGAAGGAUUGCCUUCCCUAGUUAAUUUGAAUGUGGCUAUAUUAUCUAAUUUACUGUAAGUGCUUUGCUUGUGUUUGGAGUUUCCAUCAUAUUUGUGUUGCACCACAUCUUGUCAAAGUAAACUAGGGUGUGCCUA